AAUUUGAUUCCCUCAUUAAAAUGUAUGCAAAUCGCCUGUAUUUAUAGUAUUUCCUUGCAAACCAUAACCCAUCGAUAUCGGUAGAAAUCCAUUUACAAUUUCCAUGUUUGCAGCCUUUUAACAUCUCUUUACAUCUUAAUUCCAGAUAAACCGCCGCCAUGAUCACCGAUAUCCAACUGGCCGUGUUCUCGAACAUUCUGGGAGUCUCAAUUUUCUUAUUGGUCAUCCUCUACCACUACAUCAAUGCGAACAGUUCCAAAUAGAUGUAGGUGUGGCAGCCCCUUCCAACAUCAUUUACUAAUAAUGUAAGCCUCUAUAAUGUUAAUACAUAAGAAUUAUUUGUAAAGUA